AUGGCCGUUGCAAGUGCUUGCAAAGUCUCUGGCUUGUAUAUGGUCGGCUGGAUCGCUGCUCUCUCCAUAGAGUGCGCCGCCGCGACUGCGAUGCUGAAUGAGCGCCAUGAGACGCCGCGUGACUUCUCCCAGAGUCAAUCCGACGAGAACCUAUACACCUGGGGAAAGAUGGGUGAGCAUCAUGUCGCGAUUGUCUCCCUGCCUCCAGGCGCGCACGGAACGCCCGCCGCAGCGAACAUGGCAUCCAAUCUUCUAGCAUCCUUGCCCAAUAUCCGAUUUACUCUAGUGGUUGGAAUUGCCAGCGGUAUCCCGCAGCUUGGCCAAGGUCGUGAUAUUCGACUUGGAGACGUUGUCGUCGGCCAGCCACAGGAGAUGACGAGUGGGGUGAUUCGAUAUGACCUCACUCAGACCAUCACACAGGACCGAAAAAUCUCCUUGAGCAAACCUCCUCCAAUCCUUCUCCGGGCUAUGGGCUCUGUUCAAGUAGCUCACGAAUUAGAAGAAUCCAAGGUGCCCGAGUUCCUUAGUGCCAUGCCACGAAAAAGGGCCCGGGCAUCCACUGGUAGCAAGAGGGACAAUGGGUAUUUUCAUCAAGGAUUCGAAAAUGACCAGUUUUUCAAAUCAAUAUACCAGCACAAAGGCGGACGUGACUGUCUUAAGUGUCAUUUAAAGGAACAAGUGGAGCGUGGGGUGCGGUUUAGUACUGACCCAGAAAUCCACUACGGCAUAAUCGCCUCUGGCAAUGCGCGUGUCAAGGACAGUGCAACCAGGGACACUAUUUUGAAAGACGCUGGAAACGAAUGCAUUUGCUUCCUGUGGGAAGCUGCCGGCCUGAUGAAUCACUUUCCAUGCCUUGUGAUUAGGGGUAUUUGUGACUAUGCCGACUCACACAAGAACGAUCAAUGGCAACGAUAUGCUUCUGCUACCGCUGCCGCCUAUGGAAAAGAGCUCCUCCACUACAUUAGCUCUAGGGGGGUUAAGGAGAGCCAGUUGGCUUUGGAUGUUCUUAAAUCCGUGAAACCAGAUAUGGAGGGAGUGAAUGCUACUACAAAAAUCAUCAAAGAAAAAGCCGAAUUCGUUUCAAACUCCUAUAUAUAUCACCUUUCCAAACUAGAGGAUUGGCUUCCAGAUGCCGGCCUGGAGCUCGAACUCACUGAAGCACGAGAGAAGCGACAGGAUGGAACCGGUGCCUGGCUUCUUGAAAGUGGGCCGUUCAAAGAGUGGAAGUCAGGAAACCGACGAUCUCUCUGGCUACAUGGGCCUCCUGGGUGUGGGAAAACAGUCCUGGGCGCCAUGAUCGUCGAUCAUAUCGACCAAACAUCUAUACACAGCCCCAUCAUACUUUCUUACUUCUUUGGCUUCAGAAGCAAACCUACCCAGUCAAUUCUUGGCUUCUUUGGGUGUCUUAUUCGUCAGCUAUAUUCGAAAUGUCCAAAUUCGCCCACAACGAGAUCACUUUUCGAGGUAUUCUCCAAAAUUAUGUCCCAUACUGAACAGAUCCGUAUUAUUAUUGACGCUCUGGAUGAAUGUGAAUUAACGAACAAUCUCCUUAUUUGGAUAGAAAGCCUCAUAAAGCUGGAGCACCCAGGACUUCGCAUCCUCGUCAUUAGCCGGAAAGAAGAGGAAAUCGAGUCGCGACUGCAGCACUUUGAGAUCCUCUUUCCAAUUCUGCCAGAUCUUGUGGAGGUUGAUAUCCGUGCUUAUGUUCAUCAAAGACUGCGAGACGGUUGCGGAUUCGAGAGAUGGUCUUCCCAUUCGGAUUUGAUUGAGAGUCAAUUGGUGCAGAACGCCCAUGGAGUUUUCAUGUGGGCUGAAUGCCAACUUGAUGCUUUACAAAGUUAUAUCGAUGUCGAUUUACUGGAGAACUGGCUCCAAGAUCUUCCUGCAACACUGGAGGAAACUUAUGGAAGAAUACUGGCCAACAUCACCGAAAGUCAUCGACCUUACGCCGUGAGAAUUCUCCAGUUUCUAACAUACUCAACGCGUCCCUUGCGUCUCGAUGAGGCGGCUGAGAUUAUGGCUAUUGAUCCCAGUCAGACGCCUUCGUUCAAUCGAAAUGGCGAGAUCCCAGACAUUCUCGAGAUCGUCCAAUCAUGCUCAUCUCUGGUCUCUAUGGUGAAACGAGGGUAUAAAAUAAUAAAUGGGAAUACUCUUUCUGAAAAUGCGAACAAAACUGAGAAGACAGACGAGGCAAAGGUGGUGGACGAGGUGCAGCUUGAGUUGGCUCAUUUCUCUGUUCAAGAAUACUUGAAAUCGGGUCUCAUUCAAAGUUCGUUCCCAAAAGAUGAUACUCAGACUGGCACAAUAUUUCAGAAUGCCAUGAAAGAAAUGACCGCCCGGGGUUUAAUUACCAAAACAUGCCUGGCUUACAUGUCCUAUCCCAAUCUGCAAAAAACAAUGGACGAAAUCAGAGCAGAGUUUCCGCUUACCACUUACUCCACUGAGUUUUGGAGAUGUCACGCAGAAUUCUCUGAGAGAGAGGAAGAAGUCCAGCAAAGCAUCAUACAAUUCUUUCGUGGAACAGGCUGCACGUUGUGGCUCAAAUUCUCCCCCAAAUCCGAGUCUUUGCCUAAAGUUCCAUCUCAGGAGAACUUGGAAAUUGCGCUGUGGUUUGCUUCUACUAUGGUUCUCCCACACACGACUCAACGGCUGUUGUAUGAAGAGUCUCUGCAAUAUCGACCCUGCGACCUUAGGUGGGCACUCCAUCGUGCUACAGAAAAAGGUCACAUUGAUACUGUGCGGGUACUUUUAGCGGCCGGCGCCAACACCAACCUAAACACCAUAUGUGACGGCUUUCCCAUCCAUUCGGCUUCUUGGAGAGGCGAUACCAAGGUUGUACAACUCCUGCUAAUAUGCGGUGCUAGAAUCAACGCCCAAUCCUCUGAGGGCACUGCUCUUUUCCUUGCUUCGCGUUAUGGUCACACCAAAACUGUGAAUCUGCUCUUAAAGGCCGGUGCCGAGUUCGGCCUAGAAGAGCCCUUUGGGAAAAAUGCGAUCGAGGCUGCUUUAGACAAAGGUCAUACCGAGAUAGCAAAUGUGCUCUUAGAGGCCGAUGCCAAGGCCAACCCAUGGCGCACGCAUGUAUCUUCACUCUACAGCGCUGCUUCAAUCGGCCUCGUCAAUAUCGUGAGGUUUUUCAUAAGCGUUGGCACUGAUGUAGACACAGAGGACGAAUGUCGAAGUGCACUCACAGCUGCUUCAGAUGCCGGCCACACCGACGUCGUGAAGGUCCUUUUGGCGGCCGGUGCAGAUGUCCACGCUUACGGAGGAGAGGACUUUGUCGAUGCACUGCAUGCGGCAACAUGGAAUGGCCACGUUGAGACCGUGCAGGUGCUCUUAGAGGCCGGUGCUGAUCCAGAAGCAGGUGCGUCAAGACAACAAAGGAGAGUAUGGCAUGGCGGUUACGCACUUGAGGCUGCUCGAGAAAAGAACUAUGGCGAGAUCAGACAACUGCUCGAAAAAGCGAUCAGGGACAGAACACCCUCCCGCAGGAUUUGA